GGCCGGCGGUGGGGCGGCGGCUGACGGACUCUGGUGGAGGAGCGAACUCGUGCUGCGCCACCACCGUCGCCUCCGUCACCACCACCGCCACCACCGCCACCGCCACCAUGGGGGCCCAGCUGAGCACGUUGGGGACCGUGGUGCUCUCGCCCGUCUGGUUCCUCUACAGCUUGCUCAUGAAGCUCUUCCAGCGCUCCUCGCCGGCCAUCACCCUGGAGAGCCCCGACAUCAAGUACCCACUGCGGCUCGUCGACAAGGAGGUCAUCAGCCACGACACCCGGCGCUUCCGCUUUGCACUGCCCUCCCCACAGCACAUCCUGGGCCUCCCCAUCGGCCAGCACAUCUAUCUCUCUACUCGAAUCGACGGGAACCUGGUCAUUCGGCCCUACACGCCCGUCUCCAGUGACGAUGACAAGGGCUUCGUGGACCUGGUGGUCAAGGUUUACUUCAAGGACACGCACCCCAAGUUCCCGGCCGGAGGGAAGAUGUCACAGUACCUAGAGAACAUGCAGCUCGGGGACACCAUCGAGUUCCGGGGCCCCAACGGGCUGCUGGUCUACCAGGGCAAAGGGAAGUUUGCCAUCCGCCCAGACAAGAAGUCCAACCCCGUCAUCAGGACGGUGAAGUCCGUGGGCAUGAUCGCGGGGGGCACAGGCAUCACGCCCAUGCUGCAGGUGAUCCGGGCCAUCAUGAAGGACCCGGACGACCACACCGUGUGCUACCUGCUCUUUGCCAACCAGACCGAGAAGGACAUCCUCCUGCGGCCGGAACUGGAGGAACUGAGGAACGAGCACUCGGCUCGCUUCAAGCUCUGGUACACGGUGGACAAAGCCCCCGAAGGCUGGGACUACAGCCAGGGCUUCGUGAACGAGGAGAUGAUCCGGAACCACCUCCCGCCCCCCGCCGAGGAGCCCCUGAUUCUGCUGUGCGGACCCCCGCCCAUGAUCCAGUUCGCCUGCCUGCCCAACCUGGAGCGCGUGGGCCACGCCAAGGAGCGCUGCUUUGCCUUCUGAGGGCCGCCGCCCCCCCCCCGCCCCGGGCCCCCCGGCCCGCCCUGGCGGCAGAGCCCGAGCCGCCGCGCCGUGCCCACCCCGGGGGCCGAGUGGGCGACCCCGGAAGCCCCCCAGCCGCGUGCCCACCCUGGGGGCCGAGCGGGCCACCCCAGCAGCUCCCCCCCAGCCGCUUCCCCCUCGGUGACAA